AUGGCCGCCGAACAGAGAAAACUGCUUGAGCAGCUCAUGGGCGCCUCGGCCUCCUCCCGGGCCUCCCAACUCUCCAUCACCGACCCCAAAGUCUGCCGUUCCUACCUUGCCGGCACCUGUCCGCACGACCUCUUCACCAACACCAAGCAGGACCUCGGGCCCUGCCCCAAGGUGCACUCGGAGCCGCUCAAGAGCGAGUACGAAGCGGCGACCCCGUCGCAGCAGCAGAAGUGGGGUUUCGAGUACGAUUACAUGCGCGACGUGCAGAAGUACAUUGACGAGUGCAACCGGCGGAUCGAGGUGGCGCAGCGGCGGCUGGAGAAGACGCCGGACGAGAUCCGGCAGACGAACGCGCUGCUCAAGACCAUCGGCGACCUGGGCCAGAGCGUCGCGAGCGGCCUGCUGGAGAUCCAGGUGCUGGGCGAGCAGCGCGAGGUGAGCCGGGCCUACGAGGAGUUCUUCCGCGUGCGCACGGCCGUGCAGCAGAAGGGCGAUAAGGAGCGUGAGCUCAAGGCGCUGUCGGACACGAGCGGGCCGUCGGGCCACCAGAAGCUGCAGGUCUGCGACGUAUGCGGCGCGUACCUGAGCCGGCUGGACAACGAUCGGCGCUUGGCGGACCACUUCUACGGCAAGAUGCACCUGGGCUACGCGCAGAUGCGGAAGACAUUUGAAGCCUUCCCGAAGGAGCUGAGGAUGAGGAGGGCGCCGAUGGUCAGCAGCGAUGAGGGCGGUGACGGCCGGGAUCGAGGGGGCUUUGAUCAGGGCUAUGGGGAUGGGGGGUAUGGGAGGGGAGGAGGCUACGGAGGUCGGGGUGGUGGACGAGGGGGUGGAGGCUUCAGAGGGGGCCGAGGAGGUGGAGGAUUUCGCGGACGGUGGUGA